AUGAAGUUUGGUGAACAUUUAAGAAAGGCAUUGAUCAAAAAUUACUCCUUUUAUUACAUUUCUUAUGAUGACUUAAAACACCAGUUGAAAAAAGGGUUAAAGGAUAACGAUUACCAUUGGAAUAAUGAAUUGGAAGAGGAUUUUCUUAACCAGUUGGAAACAGAGUUGGAUAAAGUAUAUUCCUUCACCAAGGUUAAAAACACCGAGGUCAAUAGAAGAAUCAAAGAAGCAGAGAAAUAUGUUCAUGAAGUAGUCACCACUUUACAUCGUUAUCAAAAUAAUGAUCCAUUGGUUACAUCGCCACCGCAAGAACAAGAUUUUGAGGAUUUAGAAGAGGAAUUGUCUGACAUUAUUGCCGAUGUUCAUGAUUUGGCCAAGUUUUCUCGAUUAAAUUAUACUGGGUUCCAAAAGAUUAUUAAAAAACAUGACAAAACUACUGGCUACCACUUGAAACCAGUUUUCCAAGCUAGAUUAAACUCCAAACCAUUUUACAAGGAUAAUUAUGAUAAUUUGAUUGUUAAAUUGUCAAAAUUGUAUGACUUGGUUAGAACUAGAGGUAACCCAAUCAAGGGGGAUUCUUCUGCCGGUGGUUCUCAACAAAAUUUUGUUCGUCAAACAACAAAAUAUUGGGUCCAUCCUGAUAACAUUACUGAAUUGAAAUUGAUUAUUUUGAAACAUUUACCUGUGUUGGUGUUCAAUGCUGAUAAAGAAUUUGAACCAGAAGAUUCAGCAAUCACUUCCAUUUAUUUUGAUAAUGAAGAUAUGGAUCUAUACUAUGGCAGAUUGAGGAAAGAUGAGGGUGCAGAAGCUAUAAGAUUGAGAUGGUAUGGUGGCAUGAAGUCAGAUCAAAUUUUUGUUGAAAGGAAAACUCAUAGAGAAGAUUGGACUGGUGAAAAAUCAGUUAAAGCAAGAUUCGCAUUGAAGGAAAAGAAGGUGAAUGCUUACUUGUCAGGUGAAUUGAAAGCUAGUGAAAUCUUUGACAAGAUGAGAAAGGAAGGUAAAAAAAGUCCUCAAGAAAUUGAAAAUUUGGAACGAUUGGCUCAAGAAGUUCAAUAUAGGGUUCUCAAGGACAAGAUGCGUCCCGUGAUGAGAUCUUUUUACAAUAGAACGGCAUUUCAAUUACCAGGCGAUGCCAGAGUUAGAAUUUCCUUGGAUACUGAGUUGACAAUGGUUAGAGAAGAUGAUUUUGAUGGGUAUGACCGUACCCAUGGCAAUUGGAGAAGAAUGGAUAUUGGGGUUGAUUACCCAUUCCCACAAUUGCCCGAAAAGGAUGUUUGUAGAUUUCAAUAUGCAGUUUUGGAAGUGAAAUUACAAACACAAAUGGGCCAAGAACCACCAGCUUGGGUUAGAGAUUUGGUCAAUUCUCAUUUGGUUGAAGCUGUCCCUAAAUUUUCUAAAUUCAUCCAUGGUGGGGCCACCUUAUUGACUGAAAUGGUUGAUCUUUUACCAUUUUGGUAUACUCAAAUGGAUGUUGAUAUUAGGAAACCAAAAAUUGUGCAAGAAUAUGGUAUUCAACGUCACCAAGGUCAAUCACAACAACAAAGAUUAGGCUCAAGCACCAGUGGUAACGAUUUAGAUGAAGAAGAGUUGACUGGCUCUUCGUAUACAGGGGUACAUUUUUCAAACGAUGUUAAUCCAUUGGAAGAAGAUUUGGAUGAACAAACGCCACUUUUGUUGCCCAAUAAUUAUACCUCCCGUCGUACCAACUCGCCAGUCAAGAACUUUCUUUAUCGCCUUUAUGGUAAAUUCUUGUACUAUUUCAACGAUGAUCGUACAUUUACCGUCAAACCAGGGACAAAUUACGAUUUAAAUGCCACGUUUAAGGACAAGUUACCGCCAGGAAAGACAAUUUGCGUGCCAGUUAGAAUUGAACCUAAGGUGUAUUUCGCUAAUGAACGUACAUUUCUUAGUUGGAUAAGUAUUGGUAUGUUGAUGGGAUUCACAGCGACUGCAUUGUUGAACUAUGGAACCAAUAGCGCAUUGACUGCCAGUAUUGGUUUUUUCAUCACGGCGUUGUUUACGUUGGGAUACGCUACUUAUAGAUAUAUUUGGCGUGUGUUGAUGAUUAGAGAAAAGAAACCAGUUCAGUAUGGUGACAAGUUUGGACCCAACAUGAUUUGUUUAUUCUUGUUUUUGGCAACAUUCAUUUCGUUUGUGUUUAAGUUUACAGAGUAA